GAGGAGCGGGUCACGAAGGUGAGGAAGCAGCAGAACACGAUGGUGAACACCACGGUGCAGCACCAGAUCCAGGAGAUCCACGUGGUGAAGCCGAUGAUCCAGAAGAAGAUCGUGCAGAAGAAGAAGCCGAUCAUCCAGGAGCAGAUCAGGCAGGUUGCCAAGAUUCAGAAGCAGCAGGUGCCCAUCCAAAAGGUUGUAGAGAGGCACGUGGACGUGCCCCAGGUCCAGUUUGUUGAUGAGAUUGUUGACGUCCCAGUCAUGAAGCAGCGGCACGUGCCCACGGUCCAGAAGGUACAGAAGACUGUCGAAGUACCACAGGUGGAAUUCAUCGACGCCCACAUUCACGUCCCCGUCCAGAAGCAUCGGCACGUGCCGAUACACACCGUCGCCCAGAAAUUCGUCGAUGUGCCGCAGGUGGAGUUCGUGGACAGGAUAAUGGAGGUUCCUGUGCACAGGCAGGUGGAGGUGCCUGUCAUCCAGAAGGUUCAGAAGACUGUCGAAGUGCCCCAGGUGGAAUUCGUCGACACCCACGUUCACAUCCCCCGCCAGGUCCACCGACACGUCCCGGCGGUGACCACCUCCCAGAGAUUCGUGGACGUGCCGCAGGUGGAGUUCGUCGACAGGGUGGUGGAGGUCCCAGUGCAGAGGCACGUCCAGGUGCCAAUGAUCCAGAAGGUGCAGAAGGCCGUGGAUGUGCCGCAGGUGGAAUUCGUGGACCACCACAUCCACCUCCCCGUCCACAAGCACAGGCACGUGCCGACGAUCACAAGAUCGCAGAGGUUUGUGGAUGUGCCGCAGGUGGAGGUGGUGGACAGGAUUGUCGAUCUACCCGUGCAGAAGCAGGUUCCCGUUCCCAUGGUGCAGACAGUGCAGAAGACGGUGGAGGUGCCCCAGGUCGAAUUUGUAGACACACACAUCCACGUGCCCGUCCAGAAGCACAGGCACGUGCCGAUGGUGUCCGUCGCCCAGAAAUUCGUUGACGUGCCGCAAGUGGAGUUCGUGGACAGGUUCGUCGAGGUACCCGUGCAGCAGCAGAGGCAUGUACCCACCAUCAUGACGAUUCAGAAGGCCGUGGAUGUUCCACAGGUGGAGUUCGUUGAUUAUCACAUCCACGUUCCCGUGCAGAAGCACCGCCACGUCCCUAUGAUCCAGAAGAUCCAGAAGCUUGUGGAGGUCACGGUCAUAGAGACGGUCGAGAAGAUAGUGGACGUACCUGUAGUCAAGCAGAUCGAAGUGCCCCAGAUCCAGACCAUCGAGAAGGUGGUGGAGGUCCCUUAUAUUCAGACUGUGGAGAAGAUCGUCGAGAUCCCGACCCUGGGAGAGACGUUCAUGGGCCAACAGAGGGCCACGACGGUCAAUCUGCCUCCGAUCCGCCAGGAGGGGCCCACCGAGAUGACGACGGUGGUUGAGCAGGGGGAGCCGAUGCCGCCAGAGAUGGGGCAGCCGACGUUUGUCGCGGACCCCUCCAUGACUCAGACCUACGGGGCGCCGGUGGAGCCCACCGCAGGUUAUCCACAGUUCUGACUGGGCCAAAGCGCCAGCCAGCAUUCUCGUCUUUUUGUCUCUCCUCCUCGUCCUCCCCUCGCUCCUCC